AUGACUUGUGUUUCUUGUCGAAACGAAGCUGGUGAACCUGUGGAUUGGUUUAUCAUAUACAAAAUGCCCAGAUAUAAAAUUGGAGAUGUGGGGAGUGGGGUUGACUACAUGUACCUGGACUUAUUAUUGGGGAGCUGGCAGCUAAGUAAGUUCACAGUCAACACCAGCCAAGGGGCCUUAGGGAGCAUGCUAAAUCAGAUUUACCUGGGUCAAGGAUACAAGUCCAAUAGUUCUGUCUACACCUUCUACAAUGAUGCUCCUCCAAUCAUGGAAUAUAUCAAAGGCUAUGGCCACACUAAAGGAGUGCUGCUCGUCAACCACUCCCAGGGGUUUUGGCUCAGCCAUAGUAUUCCCCGUUUUCCUUUUCCUGCUGAUAGGGGCUAUCUCUACCCCUUCUCUGGCAAAGUCAACGGCCAAGAUGGCACCGAGGAAACAUCUUUUGGAGUCUGCUUUUGGGUCCACGUUUGCAUUCCUGACAUCGGAGCCACCAUUGGUCUCAGAAAGGAGAAUGGUAGCUCUCCUAUCAGCCAUGGGGGAAAAUUAAUCAGUUUUGCCAAGUCACAGCUUUAUAUUGAUGAUAUCUACACUGGCUGGGUGGCCCAUGUUCUGGACACUGAUCUGCUGUUUGAAACUUGGCAGCGACGGGACUCUGAACUGCUGUCCAACUGCUCUCUCACCAGACAUACCAUGAAUGUGAGAAGGGUCAGCCCCCCUGGGCAGUUAAAAUUCAAGUCCUACUACGAUCAUUCCAAGUGGUGUGUGUCUUUGGAGUUCCAAAACCCAUGGACCUGUUUGGGGGACCUGAACAGAGAGGGGUCCCAGGCAUGGAGGGGUUAGCCUGACGUUGUCAUACUCAUAAU